CGCUUUCGUUCGUCACGCUCUCUAUCCAUCGAUCUAGCGCUAGGGUUUCAGAUUCCCCAUCGGUGGCUCCAACGAGUCACGAAAAGAGACGGGGAAGAACACCCAGAAACCCUCGAAUCGCCUCCCUCGCCAAAACCAACCAUAAAUUUCUGAUCCCGAACGGCGGAGCUAUUAAACCCCUCUUCUUGUAAUGAAUCCGAGCACCGGCGUGAACAUCGCCCCUCUCUCCCUGCAGGACAGAUUAAAGAAAACCUUUCGUAAGAACAGAUCUAACCUCUGAGAAACUCGAAUUACAGAUUUGCACCACUUGACAGAUGAACUCGGACCUCAGAAAGUUUUGAUCUUUUCUUACAGGAGUGAAGAUCUGAACUAAGUUUCCCUUUUUUUAGCUGCUGAAAGAUCCUGGACUCACUUUUUUCUCUAUUUCGAAUCCCCAUACUGUUUGCUGAACCAUCAGGCCUAGAUCUGUUGAUCUUGUUGACGAAAUUUUCGUUUUGACCAUCAAAUUCUCAUCUUGAUUCUGUAAAAAUGGUUAAAUCGGCUGUUUACUACGAAAAUUCUUUCCUUGGGGAAGCGGAAAUCAUUCCCCAGAACUCGAACACUGGUUCAUGGAUCAGGGAGAUCCGGAUCUCCCAUCUGUCCCCUCCCAGCGAACGAUGUCUGCCUCUCGCCAUUCUGCACACUGUCGCUUCUGGUGGCGUCUGCUUCAAGAUGGAGUCGAAGUUGCCACUGUCUAACGAUUCGCCGUUGCUCUCUUUGCAUGCCAGUCUUGCCACUGAGAAUAAGACUGCUGUUGUUCCAAUUGGUGAAGCAGAGUUGCACCUGGUGGCUAUGGCUUCAAAAAAAAAUCCUAUGCCAGUACCCUAUUUCUGGGGAUUUAUUCUUCCAUCAGGAUUGUAUGAUUCUUCUCUUACAAUGUUGAACCUAAGGUGCCUUGGUAUUGUGUUUGAUCUUGACGAAACACUUUUAGUUGCUAAUACAAUGCGCUCAUUUGAGGAUCGAAUUGAUGCACUUCAACGAAAAAUAAACAAUGAGACAGAUCCUCAGCGUAUUGCUGGCAUGGUAACUGAGAUCCAACGUUACCAGGAAGACAAAUCUAUCUUGAAACAAUAUGCAGAAAAUGAUCAGGUUGCUGAGAAUGGAAAGAUUCAUAAGGUUCAAGCGGAGAUGGUUCCCCCACUGUCUGAUAGUCAUCAAUUGAUUACACGACCAGUAAUAAGAUUACAAGAGAAAAACAUUAUCCUCACACGUGUAAAUCCAUCGAUAAGAGAUACAAGUGUUCUUGUACGGUUGAGGCCUGCUUGGGAAGAUCUUAGGAGCUAUCUAACAGCAAAGGGUCGCAAGCGCUUUGAGGUCUAUGUGUGUACAAUGGCUGAACGAGAUUAUGCUUUGGAAAUGUGGAGGCUUUUGGAUCCAGAGUCUAAUUUGAUCAGCUCAUCAAAACUCCUUGACCGCAUAGUUUGUGUGAAGUCAGGCUCAAGAAAGUCACUGCUUAAUGUAUUCCAUGAUGGUAUAUGCCAUCCAAAGAUGGCACUUGUAAUUGAUGAUCGUCUGAAAGUAUGGGAUGAAAAAGAUCAACCACGUGUUCAUGUUGUUCCUGCUUUUGCCCCAUAUUAUGCUCCUCAAGCAGAGACAAAUAUCACCAUCCCAGUUUUGUGUGUUGCAAGAAAUGUUGCAUGUAAUGUUAGAGGAGGCUUUUUCAAGGAAUUUGAUGAGGGUAUACUACCACGGAUAGGUGAAACAACAUAUGAAGAUGAAAUGAGAGAUUUUCCAGUGGCUCCAGAUGUAGGCAACUUCUUGAUAUCCGAGGAUGAUUGUUCAACAUUAAAUAUAAACAAAGACCAGCUAGGCUAUGAUGGUACAGUGGACACUGAGGCUGAGAGGAAAUUGAAGGAAGCAAGUUGCAGCCUUCAAGUUAUUCAACCAGUGGUUACUAACUUUGUGCCAAUGCCAGUAUCUUCUAUACCACAUGUACUUCCUACAUUUGGCACCACUUCUUUGGGAGCUAUGCAAAUGAUGGUGCCUUUACCAAGUAAUCAAGUUGCGCAGCCUGUUACAGUAGGUAGGCCUGUAGGUCAAUUAACUUUUCCGGAAGCUAGCUUCCAAGGUUCUCCUGCCAGAGAAGAGGGUGAAGUUCCUGAAUCCGAAUUAGAUCCAGACACAAGGAGAAGGCUUCUUAUAUUGCAACAUGGUCAAGACACAAGAGAACCGACAACUACAUUUCCCUUGAGCCCCCCACUUAAUGUCUCAAUUCCUUCUGCGCAUCCACAAGGAAAUUGGUUUCCAUUAGAGGAAGAGAUUAAUCCAAGGCAACAAAGAAGGGCAGCUAAAGAAUUUAGCAGAGACUCAGAUCCUGCAAGAUAUAGGAAGCGAUUUAAGCAUCCAUCUUUCAUGCAAGGAGGAGAGAGCUCUGUUCCUUCAGAUAGAGUUCUUCCUGAAACUAGAAGGUUUCCCAUGCAGUUGAACAAUGGGGGCAAGCGUGUGCGCUCAAAUAACUCACCAAGCUUUAAUUCCUUCCAAGGUGAGGAGAUGCCGGUGGGACAAAAUACUUCAAGUCACAAGGAUGCCCAAUUUGAGCAUAGACAAGCUACCAUAGAGCAACCAGAAUCUCCUGCUAGAGUUUUACAAGAAAUAGCAACAAAAUGUGGAAAUAAGAUGGAGUUUCGGACCACCCUUUGUGAUACGACAGAACUGCAGUUCGCUAUUGAGGUUUGGUUUGUUGGGGAAAAGUUAGGCGAUGCGGUUGGAAAAACAAGGAAGGAAGCUCUACAUCGAGCUGCUGAGAUAUCCCUUAGACAUUUGGCUGAGAAAUACUUGUCGACUGGCGCUAAUAUUGCCCAAGGAGAUAUAUAUAAAUUCUCUGAAAGCAAAGAAAAUGGUGUUAUAAAUGAUUCAGGUUCUUUUGGCUUUCUGUCGUGCCCCAGAAAUGAUGUUGUGCCAGUAGAAAGUACUUCAGAAGAUUCUCGUACGAUGGAUCAGAGAUCACUGGGUACACAACGACCAUCUUUUGUCACUUCACUAAAAGAACUAUGUGUUAUGGAAGGUUUUAGCCUUGUUUUUAAAGAUGAAUCUCUACCUUCAAAUGGUGCUGUUAAUAAAGGGGAAGUCUCGGCACAGGUAGAAAUAGCUGGUCAGAUAUUGGGAAGAGGAGUUGGAACAACCUGGCAUGAAGCUAAGAUCCAGGCUGCUGAGGAAGCCCUUGGUAUGUUGAAGUCCAUGCUUGGUCAAUUUACUCGUAAAUUAUCUAGUUCACCAAGGUCGCUAUCUACAGCUCUGCAGAGGCGCUUCAGGCCGGAGUUUUCUCGGUCAUUUCAGCAACUUCCAUCUUUUGGGAGAUAUUCUAAAAAUGGAACUUCUGUACCAUGACUAAACUACAUCGUCGGUGAUUUCAUAGCCUAUCCGCUGUAGGAAGCUUGCUUCGGAGGACGCAUAACGAGCUGGCUCAUCGAGGAUACCAAUAGAGCUAAUUCUUGGCCAUCCUGGGUGGCAUACUUAUCGCUAAGGACCAUGUGUAUGUACAUCUCAUUGUUGAGUGUAUUUUGUCUCCCACCUUCGUAUUUGGGAUCGGUCGGCUGCUUGAAUCACGGCAACAAGGUUGAAAGUGUUGUAGUAUCAUCCUGUCAUUAACAAUGUUCCCUAAUGGUUGGUAGAUUGUGAUACGAACUACAGUUCGGGAGCAUCUGAGAGAUUCCCCAUUUUCUGCUUUUAGGUUUAUGCUUGUUUUACUUUUAUUUUGAAGUUGCGUGGCAUGCUCAGAUAGAUACGGUUUAUCGACACCUGGUAACUGCCCUUGUGUGGCUCCCUGAAUGUGUUCGAGGAUUAUGAAGAGUUGGCCAGAAUCGUUAUGGAGUUUGAAUCGAGUUUGAUCGAUUGAGAGUUGAUGGAAGUUUUAUAGUAUACUACUAAGAGCUGUAUUUCUAUGGCCUACCUAUCAAGUGCUUCUGUAAUCUACUUGUACCUUUGAAAUGUUAAUAGUUCAUUCUUUCUAAA